CUCAUACGUCCCAAACUCCGUACUGUAGAAAAACUUCCUCAGAAAUGAAAAAUUCCCCCAAAUUGUAUUUAUUAUUUUAAUCGAGUGCCCGAAGGUGAUAUUGUUGGUUGGUCUUCUUCCCCUUAGCCAUGCGACAGUCAGCCCAGAUUGGAAGAAAGAAAUUAGGGAAACAAUUCUCUUUCAUGGUCCCCAACUCUAUUUCUAUUUGAUUUUCCACCACGCCUUUUCCAAAACCCUAGCUCUCUGCAUCUUCAGCCAUUGUAGAAAAACCCUUUCUGUUCCUGCAGUUCCUUCCAACUCUUUGAGAGGGACGAGUCCAACGCGUACAGAGGUCGGUUGGACUGUCUUGGCAAUUUCAACAUGUACAUCAAGCAGGUUAUAAUCGAAGGAUUUAAGAGCUAUAGAGAACAAGUUGCCACUGAGCCUUUCAGUGCCAAAGUUAAUUGUGUUGUUGGUGCUAAUGGAUCUGGGAAGACAAACUUUUUCCAUGCAAUUCGUUUUGUGCUAAGCGACCUCUUUCACAACCUGCGGAGUGAAGAUAGGCAUGCCCUACUUCAUGAAGGAGCGGGACACCAAGUUUUGUCUGCAUUUGUUGAGAUUGUGUUUGAUAACUCUGACAAUCGUAUCCCGGUUGAUAAGGAGGAAGUGCGAUUGCGUCGAACAAUUGGGUUAAAGAAGGAUGAGUAUUUCUUGGAUGGCAAGCACAUUACGAAAACAGAAGUUAUGAAUUUACUUGAAAGUGCUGGGUUCUCUCGUUCCAAUCCAUAUUAUGUUGUGCAGCAAGGAAAGAUAGCAUCAUUGACGUUGAUGAAAGACUCUGAGAGGCUGGAUUUACUGAAGGAAAUUGGUGGCACUCGUGUAUAUGAGGAGAGGCGACGAGAAAGUUUGAAAAUUAUGCAGGAAACUGGUAAUAAAAGAAAGCAGAUUAUCCAAGUUGUUCAGUACUUAGAUGAGAGACUAAAGGAAUUGGAUGAGGAGAAAGAGGAACUGAGGAAGUAUCAACAGCUUGAUAAGCAGCGGAAAUCUCUGGAGUUCACUAUUUAUGACAAGGAACUUCAUGAUGCUCGGCAGAAAUUGGCAGAGGUGGAAGAGGCUCGAACCAAGGUUUCUGAAACAUCAGCAAAGAUGUAUAAUAGUGUGCUGGAUGCCCAUGAAAAAUCCAAAGACUUGGACAAGACAAUGAAAGAUCUUACAAAAGAAGUUCAAGCUUUAAACAAAGAGAAAGAAGUAGUGGAAAAUCAGAGAACGGAAGCAAUAAAGAAGCACACUGAGCUUGAACUUGAUAUGAAAGAUCUAAAGGAGAAAAUGUCUGGAAAUAUACGAGCCAAAGAAGAUGCAGGGAGGCAACUUCAUAUUCUGCAGAAAGAAAUUCAGGACUCAAUGGAUGAGCUUGACAAAAUAAAUCCUUUGUAUGAAACUCAAGUUCUAAAGGAAAAGGAGAUAACAAAAGGGAUAAUGGAGCGUGAAAAGCAACUUAGCAUUCUUUAUCAGAAACAAGGACGUGCCACCCAGUUUUCUAGUAAAGCGGCUCGUGACAAAUGGCUUCAAAAAGAAAUUGAUGAUCUUGAACGAGUUCUUUCUUCAAAUUUGGCACAGGAGGAAAAACUUCAGGAUGAGAUUAACCGGCUUAAUUAUGAGUUGAAAGAGCGGGAUGUCUACAUUGAGAGUCGCAGAACUGAAAUAACAAAUUUGGAGUCUCUCAUUUCUCAGUCUCGUGAAGGUUUUAAUCAUCAGAAAGCACAGAGAGACAAGUUGCAAGAUGAGCGGAAGGUCUUAUGGGGGCAAGAAACGGAACUUUCUGCUGAAAUUGAUAAACUGAGAACAGAAGUUGAGAAGGCAGAAAAAAGCCUUGAUCAUGCAACUCCUGGUGAUGUGAGGAGAGGACUGAAUUCUGUUCGGAGGAUCUGCAGAGAGUAUAAAAUUCUUGGGGUAUAUGGUCCAAUUAUUGAGUUACUUGAUUGUGAUGAAAGAUUUUUCACUGCAGUUGAGGUUACUGCAGGAAACAGCUUAUUUCAUGUGGUGGUUGAAAAUGAUGAAAUAUCAACCCAGAUAAUUAGGCACCUUAAUUCUUUGAAAGGUGGACGAGUUACGUUUAUACCACUGAACAGGGUGAAAGCUCCACGUGUGAAUUAUCCCCAGAGUUCUGAUGUGAUACCUUUGUUAAGGAAAUUGAAGUUUUCUCCAAAUUAUGGCCCAGCAUUUUCCCAGGUAUUUGCGAGAACAGUGAUCUGUCGAGAUCUGGAUGUUGCCACUAGAGUUGCUCGGCAUGAUGGUCUAGACUGCAUAACUUUGGAAGGUGAUCAAGUAAGCAAGAAAGGGGGUAUGACUGGUGGAUUUUAUGAUCAUAGACGAUCAAAAUUGAAGUUCAUGAAUAUAAUCAUGCAGAAUACGAAAUCAAUCCAAAUGAAGGAAGAAGAGCUGGAAAAAGUUAGAUUUAAACUUCAAGAGAUAGACCAGAGAAUUACUGAACUUGUGACUGAGCAGCAGAAAAUAGAUGCCAAGCGAGGUCAUGACAAGUCAGAAUUAGAACAGUUUAAGCAAGAUAUUGCUAAUGCUAAUAAGCAGAAACAACUGAUUUCUAAAGCUUUGGAAAAUAAGGAAAAAUCACUUGCAGAUGUACAAACUCAGAUUGACCAGCUGAGAGCCAGUAUGGCCAUGAAACGGGCUGAAAUGGGAACAGAACUCAUUGAUCACUUAACACCAGAGGAAAAGCAUCUUCUCUCAAGAUUGAACCCUGAAAUAACAGAUCUUAAAGAGACUCUUAUUACAUAUAAGACGGAUCGCAUUGAGACGGAAACAAGGAAAGCUGAGCUUGAGACUAAUUUAACAACCAACCUCAAGAGACGGAGGCAAGAAUUAGAGGCUAUAAUAGCAUCUGCAGAAAAUGACAAUUUUGGUGGUGAAGCUGAAAUAAAGAAGCAAGAAUUGGAUGAUGCUAAAUUAUUAGUUGAUGAAGCAACAGAGCAGCUUAAAAGAGUUUCUGAAAGCAUUGAUGAUCGAACAAAACAACUCAGGAAGAUUAAAGAUGAAAAGAUCAAGUUAAAGAAUUUGGAAGAUAACUAUGAGAGGACACUUCAGGAUGAAGCCAAAGAGUUGGAACAACUAUUAAGUAAAAGGAAUAUAUUUCUUGCUAAACAAGAUGAGUACUCAAAGAAAAUCAGGGAAUUGGGUCCAUUAUCAUCAGAUGCUUUUGAAACGUAUAAGCGAAGGAAUGUCAAAGAAUUGCUGAAAAUGCUCCAUAGGUGCAAUGAACAGCUGCAACAGUUCAGCCAUGUGAACAAGAAAGCACUUGACCAGUAUGUAAAUUUCACAGAGCAGCGUGAAGAACUUCAGAAAAGGCAAGCAGAACUUGAUGCAGGGGAUGAGAAAAUUAGAGAACUUAUAUCAGUUUUAGAUCAAAGGAAGGAUGAAUCAAUUGAGCGUACUUUCAAAGGUGUUGCUAGGCACUUCCGAGAAGUUUUCACUGAACUCGUGCAAGGUGGGCAUGGUCACCUGGUUAUGAUGAAGAAAAAGGAUGGUGAACACGCUGAUGAUGAUGAUGAGGAUGGACCUCGUGAAGCGGAUUUGGAGGGUAGGGUUGAGAAAUAUGUUGGUGUGAAAGUGAAGGUUUCUUUUACUGGACAAGGGGAGACUCAGUCCAUGAAACAAUUGUCCGGCGGUCAGAAAACUGUUGUUGCACUGACACUUAUCUUUGCCAUCCAGCGAUGCGAUCCAGCUCCAUUCUAUCUUUUUGACGAGAUAGAUGCUGCUCUGGAUCCUCAGUACAGGACUGCCGUAGGAAACAUGAUUCGUCGGUUGGCUGAUAUGGCAAAUACUCAAUUUAUAACUACAACAUUUCGACCAGAACUUGUGAAGGUUGCUGACAAAAUAUAUGGAGUCACCCAUAAAAACAGGGUGAGCCGUGUGAACGUUGUCUCCAAGGAUGAUGCACUCGAUUUCAUUGAGCAUGACCAGUCUCACAAUACUGAUUAAGGUAAAGACCAUUGUUUUUUCAUUGUUAUUAUUUUUUUUUAAAAUAUAAUUUGGGGUAUAAGAUUUGUUGAGUCUGUUAAAAAUGCUGGUCAAGAAUUAGUUUGAGAAAGAUCGCUAUGAUGUGUUACGUGGAAUUGCUUUAGUAUAAAGGAAAAGUUGAUCUCCCAACUGUAUGAAACAAAACAUUAAAUUUGUGGUUGUGGAAUGUGUCUUGAGACUCUCAUCGUGUCUUUUAUUGUGUACUUGUAUUCUAGUGGAUUGUCAGUGAUGACAUUGUUUUUUCCUUACCUA